AUUAUUAUUAUUAUUAUAUGUAAUCACCCUCUGCUUGCUUUGCUUUUCUUUGCUGGUAGCGGAAGCGCAGAUCUCUGCUUGCUUCUCACAAUCUGUUUCCAGCAGCCGAGCUGUAAGAAAGAAAGAAAGGUAAGAAAGAGGCCGAACACAAAGAAGAGGAGCAUGGACGAUUACACGAGGGAGAUGAUGGACCUCAAGACGAUGGUCACUCGAACCUUAGAAAAGAAGGGCGUUCUCUCCAAGAUCCGAGCUGAGCUUAGAGCAACUGUUUUUGAGGCAAUUGAAGAAGAAGAUAGAGCAACUGGAGAGGAUGAAGGUUUACCUCCCGCACUAUUGGGAAGCUGCAACGACCGUGCAAAACAGCUUCAUGCUUCUCCUUCUGGAAGACUGUUAACUGCAUUGGUGUGUGAAUACUUAGAUUGGGCACAACUGAGCCACACACUGAAAGUUUAUUUGCCAGAAUCUAAUUUGCAAAAGGAUUUAUGGAAAGCUGAGUUAAAGGAAUUUAGUAGCAACAAUGGGUAUGACCUGAACAGGAAUGGAGAUAGUGGUCCUUUGCUUUUGGAUGUUUUUGAAGGAUUCUUGAAGUAUGAGAAUUUGCCCCAAACAAGGGGUACUGGAAGGAGAUUAACCACCCUAGAAAAUGAACAUUUGUCCAAUUUAGAACCGCGGCACGUUAGAAGACCUUCUUCAUCAUCUGUUGCUGGUGGCUUACCUCCACUUGGAAGGCCACUUCCUGCUUCUCAAGCUGAUAGAAGAGGAAGGUCCUCCAUGUCUGCCUACAGGAAAGAUGAAUACAGUUGGAGACAUGACAGCAAUGAACUUCCAGACGAUUUAAUCCAUGCUUCGGCUGCUCUUGAAAACCUUCAGUUGGAUAGGAAAUCUUGGAAUCUAACCAGUUCUUGGAGGCAUGCCGGUGACGGGACUGACGAGGACGACGGCAGGUUAGACCAUCUGUAGUUGAGUGAGAUUUAGGUUAUGGUUUGCGUAAAUUAGUCUGUAUUUUGUUCACAAUCCAUCAUCAGUGGUCAUUCUCAUCAAAUGGGGUGGCGAUAUUAUGGAAGAUUCCAGAAACAUCAUGCAUUUUUUUUUUUUUUCUUUUUGUUCUGGCAAGCUUUUCUUUUCCAUUCUUCUCAUCUGAAAUUUCAAUGUAGAAUUUUUUUUAAUUCUUGUUAAGUUGUGGAAAGAAAACAACUCUUGUUCUAAGGUAAUCUGUUUCACAGAAAACAAGGAUGGCAAUUAUAUUAGCUUACUCUCUUCAA